AUCUGAUGAGCAAAUCGAAAGUUAAAAAAUAUGUAUAAAUAUUGAAUUAAAUAUGUUGUACAAGUGUUUAUCAACACAAUACAGAAAAUCAGAAUGUCAGAAUUUGUUAAACAUUAUAGAACACACCGUACUCAAAAAUGUUUGCAUUGUAAUCACAUUUCUCUACAUAAAACAAUAUCUUUGUACAUGUCGAUGGUGUGUGACCCUAACUUUAGAAUAACUUCCCUUUGUGCCAGAUGGCCAGGAUCCUGCCAUGGCUCAAGAAUUUGGAGAACAUCAUCUCUUUGUCAGCAGUUUGAAAAUGGAAUGCAUGAUGGUCUACUACUGGGUGACUCUGGCUACCCCCUAACCAGAUAUUUGAUGACCCCCUAUCUAGCACCACGGACCCCUGCUGAGGAGAGAUUUAAUGCCAGCUUGUGUCGCACACGUGUUCUGAUUGAACAGACUUUUGGAAUAUUGAAGAGAAAGUUCCAAUCGCUUCAUUUUGGACUGAGGACAUGCCCAGACCAAGCAGUAGAAUACAUAACUGCUACCUGUAUCCUACACAACAUCGCCAUAGACAGACAGGACACUCAAGUCAGUUACAACAUUUGCGACCUAAAUAUCAGGGACUGUCAGCCUCAGCUCCUGCAGGACCCUGCAGCACCUGCCAGGAAUGAUGGAGUCUUGAAGAGAGCUGCCAUCACCAAUGGAUUUUUCUGAGCCACUUUCAGGCUAUGUACCAUAAU